AACACCAGUUACAACAGAAUGUUCUAUAUAUACGGUUUAUCAGUCUUUUUUCACGGAUUGAUUUAGAAGAAUUGCACAGCGCUUGUUACGCUGUGCUGACGCAGUCUGUUUGGAGUGUACACAUAGCAUUAAUACCAAAAGCCUCUUUCCUGAGAAAUUCUGUCCGUCGUAUAUAACAUAGCUGUGAGUGCGAACUACUGCCAGUAUUAAUGUGACGCGUGUGCGCUGCCGAGAAGACAAUUUCCAGCAUUUCUGGGAACAGACCUCAAAGGAAACGCAGAUUUAAAAGGCAGCUCGAGAGGACCAAUAUUUAUGCGGCCCGUCCCGCACCGCGAGCCCGACGGAGGAUCCUCAAGACGGAGAAGAAAGUCUAUGCGCAAAAUAUUAACGCAGGAGAGUACAAGAAGGAAAUAAAACCAGUGACUCCAAAUAAUGACGAGAGACCACGACGAUGACAACGGAAACGUGAGGCCGCAAUUUCCCAAGCAUCUUGUCGACUAUACACCAGUACUGAACAUUGUAGAGUCAGACACUGGCAGGGUAAGGAAGAGCAUCUCGGUGUGUGGCGUCAAGCUCCACAUUCAGACGGUGGACUUGAUAGUGACAAUAGUACUGGUGACUCCUCUGGUCAUCGGGCAAUGGAGGGGCACGUGGAUGCUGGCGGAGUACCACCGCGUUCCGUGGUGGACCUGCUUCCUCACAGGAACCAUCCUGCACUUCAUGUUCGCUCUGCUGAAGGACAUCCUCCAAGACUACUUCAGCAGGACGAGAGAGAAAUGUAUGAGGUCAUCCCCUGUGAUCCUGUUCGUCGUCUCGAGGACGUACACGUGGGUGUUCGGCAUCGCCUGUAUCUCUCACUGGCGCGGCGCUUGGAUCAUGAUGGACGAGUACUCAGGCCGACAGAUCGGCCCUGUCAUCGCUGUGACUCUCGUCAGCUUGGCCAUAUUGUCCGCCAUGAAGACGCUGAGGAAUAUCAACACGUCGCCGUUUAACAUCGACGUGGACGGCCUGGAGCCGGGAUUUACAUUCCCCACCAUGUUUCGGACUUCGGGUUCGAGAGAAGCUUCCCUGUACGUGCUGGAUUGUCUCUUCAGCGUGCUCAUUGUGGGCACCCUCGUCGUGUUCGUCUGGCGAGGCGCCUGGACAACACUCGACCUGUUUCUGUACCCGCACCACCAGGACCGCUCAGCGUGGACGUCGAUGGGCCUGGGUUAUGCUAUCGUGCUCCUCACCUUCAGCCUGCAGACUCCACUCAAGAGCCUCUGUGGACGUCUGGAGGGCUUCUGGAGAGUCUGCGUUGUCGAUGUCUAUUUAUUUUUCUCUUUCUGCGGCACCGUGAAUGUUUGGAGAGGAAUCUGGAUGCUACUGAACAUCUAUUUCCUGCCAGGCAACCCCGAAGCGAGUUACUGGAUAACCCACGCGGGGUGUCUCCUCUUUCUGGUGCUCAUCAAUUGCUCCAACUCUAUCCUGGUGCGAGGGGUCUACAUAGACGCAGAAGAGGAGGGCGGAAAAUGCGUCGUUUUCCCAUGUUACUACCUGCGCCUCUUCUUCCAGAACAAGAGGAAGGAGAAACUGCUGCAUCUGCAAAAUCAACAGCAGCAACAGCAACAACAGCAACAGCAACAAGGACAACAGCAACAGGAACAGAAGGUUCCGUUCCUUGCAACGACGGGGAAGCGGAUAAAUGAGACUGAUACUCAAGCAUCAGGAUUUGUCACCCUGGAUAUGCAGCAACCGAACAGUGCGGCCAACCAUCACGAACAAAUUACCGCUUCGGGAAUCCCGUUGCAGACACUACAAGAUGUACCCUGAGUCUCUUCACACUGAACCGUGGGAAAAUUGUCUCGUGGUUGGCAGUGAACUAAGCACAUAUUGCAGUUUGGAGAGUUAGGGUCAAAACCAUCCAUCACUAGGAAUGAGAUUAAACGUAAAUAUGGUGACUACAAUUUCUGGAAAAGUGAACAGACGGAAUGAAGGGAAGGAGGCAAUAUCUAUGUCCUGAGAAAUGUUGAACAAAUCCUUAAAAAAGGACAAUUCACGUCUCCUCCCCCUUCUUCUGUUGUUAGUUUGUUUCAGCAGGCAGACUGUCCCUCCAGGGUCCGUAUUGUGUUGGUAAAUGGUCUGGCUAAGCAGACAUAGCAAUCAGCUCUCGUUUUGAAAGAAUGUGACAAUGUGUAGUGGACACUUUGACAGAAUAAGGAAAUACGCCCGCGAAGUCUCAUGCUGUCCGUUAAGUAUUGCUGUCACCGGAGGCUGUGACACAGAAAGUUUGUUUCCGUUACACAGUAUUCAGCUCCAACACAGAUGAGCCGCAGCUCAGUGACAAUUACUGCGCAAAUGCGAAAAUAUCUGUAUAUUGUUACGUAUUUAGGAGUGUGACUAUACACGGGGUACGAAUUUGAUAUUGGAUUUAUUGCCCACCUAUACACAUCCCUCGGCACUACAAGAAUUACAGCGCUGUCACUAAUCUCUACACUUAGAGAUCGCCACAGCACCCCAGCCUUACUCACUGAAGAGCCGUUGUGUUCAAGAGAAUGGACUGUCCAGAAACCCAAACGCAAAACAGAAUCCUCAGAACUCUGAAAGCUUCUGUAAGCUAGUCUUUCAUGGGAAAUUACUAGACUUCCGAGAAUUAUCCAUAAUCACACAUUUUCAUUCUAAACUACGUUUCGGAGAUCAUAUUACAUCUCAGUCCUCAGGUAAAAACUCUGUUUGGACAAUUCGACGGAACUAGGCUCUGUCUCCGGACCCAGGGUUACAGAGACCGGCUCUGUCGUUUGGGCUGAACAGAGUUUGUGUUUUACCUGUAGGACACAGACUCCAACCUCCGAAACGUCGUCACGAACAUAAAAUCAGAGAAAAUGAGUAAUGUACGAGAAUUCUGGUUUCAGAUCCCAAAGGGUGUAUAACACUGAGAAUUGCUGGGGUUCCUGAACGCUGUCCAUCGUCUCAUAUUCUAAAAUAAACUGGAGAAUAACGUUUCGGUAACUGGAUCUGUUUCCUUCCUCAGGUGAGUGUGGAGACACUCGCUCUGUUCGGCCUCAAUCACUGAACAACACAUGUCAGUGUAACUACAGCUUGAAGAUACCUGAGACCAGGUAUGGCUUCAGGUAUUUAUGCUGACAUAGUCUGUCCAGUGAUUGGGGUUCGCUUCUUGUAAGAUCAGGUGUCUCCCCACUCACUUGAGAAAGGGAACAGGUCCAGUUUUCGAAAUGUUGUUUCCUCCAGUUUUUAGAAUGCCAGACGAUGGACAAAAUCCAAAAAUCCAGUAAUUCUGAGAGAUUCAGGUCUUAAUCUUUCGGGGUACUAAUGACCAAAGUGACGAUAGGAAUCGCGAAUGGGGCCAGCCGCAGUGCUCAUGUUACCGAGCCCACUCAAAGGAAAUAAACUCGCUGACUUCGUAUUCAGCAAUUCGCCAAACGUUAAACUGGAGUUAUGAACGACAAAAUUGGCUACGUUUUUAGGAAAUUAUCUCAUUACAAUAAAAAGUCUACAGUGAAAAUUAAGAGCGACUACUUGUCUUAUGUGAUGCAACACCGUGUGGCCAGGUUGGUAGUUACCUAUUUUUCGGAGAAGGUUGCUGCGUCCGUCUUCAGAGUAACCGAACAAGCCAAGCAUCACAAGGAUGAUACAGAUGCAUGGCGGGAAAC